AUGGCGGCCCGUGAACCGGCAGCCGAGGUGAUGGAGGCUCUGCCCGAGUCAUAUGAGGAUGACGAAGAUUUCAUUGACGAGGACAUGGCACCUUCGCCACAGCGCGUGGUGCAGGUUGCACCUGGCACCCGCCAACCCCCUGGUCGGACCUACACGCGCGAUGAUGUCCGCCGCAUUGAGCGGGACAAUGUGCAUCUCCUGCACCGCUUGGACCAGAUUCAGCGAAAGGGGCCGACCAUCAAUCCAGUAUCAGAGCAACCUCGACACAUGGCUGCCGCGGCCAUUAAUCGGCGCAGGAAACAGAACGAAACCCAUCAGGAAAACGUAGCGUUUCUCAAGCGUCUGGAGAAGGUCAAAUCAACAGUCCCAAGCUCCUCAUCGGCCAGCUCCAGGAGUCGCGCUAAACCUGGCCCUCCUCGCCGCAAAGCUCCGCCAGCCAAGAAAAUGGUUCAGCCCGAGUGGCAAAACUAG